AUGGCAAGCAUCUGGACCACCCGCACAACUCUCCUAACAGGCCUCGUCAUCUCCCUCCUCGGCGCCUUCUACAUCUACCAGUCUCCCACGCCGCUCAACUUCAGCAUGCCACAUCCAAGUUCCAGUCGAACCAGCAUACCUGGGUUAGAGUUUACACUAAGCCAAAUAUCUCGUUCUCCACCCACUCUACUCGUCAAGCUCAAGAAUACCAGUCCAGAUACUCCUUACACCGUUUUGAAAUGGAAUACACCGCUUGACGACUCCGCACUCAACACUGGCGUUUUCACGGUUACUGAGGCGGAGGGUAGGAAGGAGGUGGAGCAGACCGUUUUGCAGGUUAAUCGAAAGAUGCCGCCGCCGCAGGGGUCGCUUGUUACGAUCGCUCCUGGAACGGAAGAAGAGGUUGAGGUCGUUUUUGAGAAGCCGUGGAUGCCUGAGCGCAAACCGGCAAAGUACAGGGUUCAAGCGAAGGGAAUAUGGAAGGGUGUCUGGGGGAAGUAUGGGGAUGAAGUCACGAAGGAAGAGUUGUAUGCUUAUGCCGAUAGCCCAUUCAGUGGAUGGAGGUUUGCGACGGGUGAGGUGGUCAUGGAGGUAGAGUGA